CUCCUUUCAGGACUGCUGUUUUCUCUCCCCCUCUCCCUGCAGUCAGUGUGAGUGGGUGUGUCGAUGUGGGCCGGUGUAGCCUAGUCGCUGCUUGUGCGCACUCUGAAAAGAGGAAAAAGUUGAUGAUGAGUUUAGUGUGAGAGCGGCCCGCCUCUGAGCAGGCUAACCGUCCAGGAAUGGCAGUUUGGACCAGAGCGGACAAAAACGGUCAACUGGACCUUUUGCUCCGCGACCGCUGGAUCCGUGUGGCCGCAGAACUCACCCGCGAAACGCUGACUUUAACGGCCGAAGCGGAGGUAACCGGACAGGGGGGCAAUCACUGGGACUACAACAACUCUUCGGCGGGCCUGCGAAAUGGCAUGUCGAACGGAAACGACCCGGGAACGAGUCCGGGGAACCCUGGCCGCGGUCCGUCCUCUGGUCAAGACCAACUUCAGAGCCAGAACCACGGGGGUCGGGGGCGUAGUUCCAGCCCGGGGCGCGGAGUUGUCAACCGGGGUCAAUACGACGUCAACUAUGGUCUAAACAGCCCUGGGAAGUACCCGAAUAACGGCACAAACUCAGACUUUGGAAGUCCCAGCUCGAGCUACGGCAGUCCUGGGUCCAGCUUCGGGUCGAGACAGGGUGACUUCCCCGUUAAUCUAGACGGUUCCUCGGAAGCUGUGCGGAAAGUCCGAGUUGUCAAACAGGAGUCUGGCGGGCUGGGGAUCAGUAUAAAGGGGGGGCGCGAGAACCGGAUGCCCAUCCUCAUCUCCAAGAUCUUCCCGGGCCUCGCCGCCGACCAGAGCCGGGCUCUCCGGGUGGGCGACGCGAUCCUGUCGGUGAACGGGAACGACCUCCGGGAAGCAACACACGACCUCGCGGUCCAGGCGCUGAAGAAGGCAGGGAAAGAAGUGACGCUUGAGGUGAAGUACAUCCGUGAGGUUUCGCCGCUCUUCAAGAAGCCGUCCCUUGUGGCCGACCUGCCAUGGGACGGCGUCCGCCCGCAGUCGCCCAGCUACAGCGGCAGCGAGGACUCGGGGUCACCCAAACACAGCAGCUCCUCCUCGUCCAAAGACAGAAAGGUCAUCAGCCUGAGGAUGUGCUUCAUCAGCAGGAACCUGACCAUGCCAGAUCUGGAGAGCAGACUUCUGGAGCUCCAUUCCCCAGAUGGCCAGCACACGGUGGUGCUGCGCUGUAAAGACGGCCCCACUGCCAACUCCUGGUUCACUGCCAUCCACACCAACAUUGCUGCCCUGCUGCCACAGACCCUGGCUCACAUCAACGCCUACCUAGGGGCCUCGUCCUCGACCUCCACACACCCCCACCUCAAACACAUCGGGUGGUUGGCUGAACAGGUCCAGCUGGACGGUGGACGGCAGCAGUAUAGGCCGGUGGUCAUGGCGCUGACGGAGAAGGACAUCCUGCUGUUUGAAUCGGUGCCGUGGAGCAGAGAGUCCUGGUCCAUGCCUCUGCUUACACACCCACUGCUAGCCACCAGACUGGUUCAUUCCGGCAGUGCGCGGGGAUCUCCCGCCCAGGGGUCAGACCUGGUGUUUGCCACUCGGACGGGCACAGGACGGGGCAUCGAGUCCCACGUCUUUCGAGUGGAGACCCACUGGGAUCUGUCUUCGUGGACGCGAGCAUUGGUGCAGGGGGCACAUGCUGCCGCAGAGCUCAUCAAAGAAGUCUCUAUUGGUUGCACGUUGAAUAGGCAGGAUGUUCGGCUCACGCUGCACUAUGAGAAGGGCUUCACUGUGACGAGGGAGCCGGCCGACCCUCCCGGCGGCGCCGUGCUGUUCAGAUACCCCUACGAGAAGCUGAAAAUGUCCGCUGACGACGGAAUACGCAACCUUUACCUUGACUUUGGGGGUCCGGAGGGAGAAAUGGUAUUUGACCUCCACUCCGGUCCAAAGCCGGUGGUGUUCGUCCUCCACUCUUUCCUGUCAGCCAAGCUCACUCGUAUGGGCCUGCUGACGUGAAGCAGCCGACAGCAGCAAGUGUGGAUGAGAGGACAGUUCCCAGGCACAGCGGGGAGGGGGGAAGAGUCCUUAAAAUGCUGA